ACUUCAACCAAUGCCGCUGUACAACAAGACAAGGACACCGCAUGCAAUGAGUACUCGAAAGAUGACUGGGAGUAUGUCCGGACGCAAGCAGUCCACUAUCGGUAGUAGCGGUUCUCUACUUGAUUCCUCUGCACGGGUGCCAAUCAACGGUACCUCCUCAGUGGAACCUCCAGAGACCUCCAAUGACAAGACGCCUUUGGAUAAACCCCUGCGGGCUACCGUAUCGGAAACUGCAUGGAGUGGGAUCUCUGAAGCCCUGGGGAAAAUGGACAUUUCGAAGGAGGAAGUGGAACCUCCCGCCGCCGAUCCAACGGCCCUCGGUUCCGGUGAUUCAGGUCCUGCGAAUUCUCCCAAAGAUUCUGUUUUCAUGCCGUCGGAAAAAACAGCUUUCGACAUGGACGUGGGAAAAUUCUUGAAGGAUCGGCUGGACGGACAUGUGACGAGUAUGUUCAACACUCCGUAUUUGCCAAUGAGCCCCUUCGGUAAAAAAGAAUAUACAAAUAGAUAUAUAAAUUAACUCUUCUCUAGGCUACCCCCUCCAUGAUGCACAACCUUGGCCCCCCGGGGUGUAUCCGGCCGUCCCAAGCAUUUGUGCCGAUAGCUUAGAAGGGCACGAAUUCCUCUGGGCGGAAGCCGCAGUGUUUGAAAAAAACAAGUUCAACACCAAACCUCAGUCGCUCAAGAGUUUGGAGAAAACUCUCACCCGCUUGUGCUCAGAACCAAAUAACAAGAAGCCUCGGUCAAAGAAGCAGAAACAAACUCGCGCAUUCAAGCGCAGCUUGCGCGCCCACAGGCUUCGCCUUGAAACAUUGGCUAUUUGCGCAAAGAGAAUUGCUGACACGGUGAGAGAAAUAUAUGAGAAACGUGAGAAUGACUUUUUCAUGAACGAGGAUGAGCGGGAGAAGGCAGGGGAAAUAGAAUUCAGGGUCUGGAGAAUUAGAGUUGCUUCGAGGAGGGUUAGGUGGCUCAGGCGGCGGUCUCCUGAGUAUGAAGCGUUGGCUCGGGAUCUGAAGGAGAUUAUACUUCUGGAGAUUUCCAAGAAUAAAAACAUUUGCAGGCAGCUCAGGGAAAGGUACAGAAGCGUGGUCUGGGGUCAGAAGGGGUGGAAGGCUGAUGUGGGCUUGUUGGAGAGUGAUGGGGUAAGGGAGGAAUGGGACAGCGAGAGGAGUGAGGAGGGGGGCGAGUCGGAUGAGUACGACGAAAGCGAGGACACUGAAGACGAGAGCGAAGUGGACUACGAUGAUGAGCCUCAGGAUCCCCCCAAUUCUCACGGCUCCAAGAGGAAGAGCGGGGGCGGUAGUGGCCCCAGGGAGAAAAAGAUUCCGUUCAUAAGGCUAGUAGUUCGGCGGCGUCGCGAUGGGUAGCCAACGAUGGAAUGGAUACUAAUGUAAGAUGUGCCAGGAUUUUCUGGAUCCGGAGUACUUGACUACUAAUACUCUCAAUCACAGUUGCAUCUACCCCGUUUUUCAAACAUUUCUUCUUUGUUCUAUUUUUCAUUUUUCAUCCCUUUCAGCGCCUGGGGAGCUUUGUACGAGGUAAAAAUUGUCACAAUCCACCAAUAUUUUGUCUUCAAGAGCCUACUAUAGCCUCUGCCUCUCAGGGGGUCCCCACCACUGGGAGGACUCACAUUGUACACUAGUUAUCCGUUGCUAAAUGUCUACGAGUAGGCAACUAAAAGUACCAUAGGGUUAUCUGGGAAAGUCAAUAACAGGCACCUCCAAUUCCAUACAGUGACAUUUACACCCGGGGAAAGCUGGGGCAUUCGUGAUUACAAAAGUUUCCCAACCCCAAUUUUCCAUUGAAAUCCCCCAUAAGGCAAAAAUCCCAUAACCAUUGAAGUCGCCAGUAUGAUGGCCAAUAUUUGUAAAAAAUAAAAUAAAAAUAAGAAAGGGCUAUUCUAACGGUCCGAACGCUCUGGUCCAUCUGUCCACCCUAGAUGUAGGGACUACUCGAGCAGAUAGACCGGCGACCCGAAAGGAUUGCGGGAUGCGAUAAUAUUCCCCCUGAUUAUCUAAUUAUGUACUAUAUUAUUAUACUUUCAAAAUGAAUGAUCAAAUGGGUGCGUUUAUGUGAAAAGGUCGAGAUUGCCAACAACUACAAAAUAUGUUUAAUGGCUCU